AUGCUUGAUAUUAGAAAAUUCAUUAUUGAUGUUUUUCAGCUUGGUUCAUUCUUUCAGGCUGGUAAUAUUGCACAAAAAUUUAAGAAUUUGUCAAGUAGAUUUGAUGCAUAUAUAGCAUCUUUAAAUUCUGCUAUAAGUAAAGUUAUUUAUAAGAGUGUUCAAAAUAUAUCAAAAUUUGAAAAUGUUGAUAAAGCUAUAGAGUUUGAACUUAAAUCUAUUAAAGAAGAUUUGGCAGAAAUUAAAAAGGAACAACACAAAGGUACUGUAACCUCAAUUGAUCUUACUCCUUUCUUGAAUUCAGAUAAUUACAAACCUAAAUAUGAUAUUGAACCCAUAGCAGUAAUCAAUGAUAAACAAACUGAAAAGGAAAUUAGUGAACAAGUUGUUAUUCUGAACGAAUUAAGAAUUUCUGAUUACAUUAGAAGUUUUAUAGAAUAG